AUUUUCUGGUGUUUCACAUUUCCGACAUGGCUGUUGUUCCAGUUUUUGCGUCAAAGCUAGCGGGACUUGAUACGAUUGUCUCUGUCUGCUAUGUUUGAGAAUUCAAGUCGCACUCCGGUCUAAUGUGUCAGCCCUGGACAGACCAUAUAUAAACUUCGCGUUUCUGGCCAUUCAGCUUUUCCCAUCUUGACUUCGAACCGUUAUCUGCCAAUAUCCCCACCUUCAGUUACAAUGUCUACGCCGAGCUCUUUCAGUGAAAGCGGACACGCGGGCGUGUCUUCAUGUCCACAACCCACCAUGACCAAGGCUGACGAGUGCAGGCACCCGUCCGUUAAUGCUCCCACCGGCUGGGAGCUGUAUCUACCCUGGCUAGCCCAGCGCCCCACGGGUACCCUGCCAAAUCAGUCGAGGGACCCUCACUCAGGCGGAAAAGCGUCAACGCGCCCGAACGGGGGCUACGAGAGUCCGUCUUAUUCGACCUACGUGUUCAAACAACUUCGCCGGUCGGCGGCGGCUGGCACUGCCGCCUCUCCUGCGCUGUCCUCAGGUUUCGAGGUUGUCGACAUUGAAUAUAUAGAGACACCGGACCUGCCUACGUUCUCACCAGCAUGUAACAGGGCGGUCCAAUUUAGAGCGCGUGGUUUAUUCGGACUUGGCCUUUUCAACGUCCCGCAGCUCGACGAAAUUGGCAAGUCCGCCUUUUGCAGUGGCGAACAAUGA